AUGAGUUCAUCUCUCCUGCUCUCUAGUCCGCGUUCUGAAGAAGAGAAACCCAUUGCUGUCUUGUGGGGCUGCGAGCUGAACACCAGCACCAGGAGGUGCGUGGUGAUGGAAGAAGAUGACUUCUUGGAACACCUGGUCUUAUUGAAAACAAUCUGUCUCAGUGCAGAGGCCAAGGAUGAACCGCAUGUGGUGGCAGUAGCUUCAAAAAACACCUACGGUGACAACAGGCCAGUGCCCAUCGCUUCACUGAGGCUCUCUGUCCUACCCAUGAUCAGUCUUGAUGGCUUUGAAUUUAUCCCUCCUGUUGCCUUUGAAUUAAAGUCUGGGACUGGGCCGGUUUAUCUUAAUGGACAACAUCUAAUCUUGGAAGAUGAUGCGGAAUACGAAGCCAGAGGAGGAUGGCUAGCAGAGGAGUCAUUAUCUUCAGCUGUUGAAGAAAACACAGGGCACUCAGCAGCACUCCUGCUUUAA